AUGUUGAUACAUUAUAGUUGCUGUAACGCUGUAUUUGGAAAAAAAAACUUUAAAAAUCGCUUUAUUGCUAAAAGAGACUAUCAUUUUUACGGAGACAUUCGACGUGAUUGCUAUAAUCGAGCCACAUUGGGUUCCGAUUAUAGCGGCGAAAUUAGUUGGACGCAGUAUGGCAAGCCAUGCAUGUUCUGGAAUACUUAUGGAAGACGAGGAACAAAUUAUUUUUCCUAUAAGCAUAACUACUGUAGAAAUCCUGAUAGAAAGCCUGGAGGGCCAUGGUGUUACCACGAUUUUAAUUCUUGGGGCUACUGCGAUGUUCCUAAGUGCAGUAAUGCUAAAGAAUUGUAUUAUAGACAACAUGAGAAGGAAAAAUUAUACAAGAAGAAAAUUCGCUAUUAUACAAUAACAGAAUAUAUUACAAAACCGGUGUACGUUCCAUAUACUCGCUCAUCUAUGGUUACUACUACUACAACAGUAACAGCCCUAUCACGUUCCCUUGUUACUGUUCCAGUUACUGCGCGAAGUACAAGUCUAGAGGUAGAAACUAUGACUAAAUUUAGAACGGAACAGAGCCUUAAGCUUAUAACGACUACUAAGACUACAACAGACUACCUUGAUACAUUUGGCGAUACAAUCUUUCCUGAAAUAUUUACCUCAAGUAUUACAACAACAGCAUCAACUACUACCAUAUUUAUUACCGAGACCAGUCAAACAACAUUCGACUUAACCGUUACUCGAACUGUCACCAAUUUUGAGACCACAACCAUUUUGACAACCUCGCCUGUUACUAGUCGAUCAAUCAUUACUAGAGAAAUUUAUCGUACGAUCGUUAAUGAUGACUCUGAUUAUUUUCUGUAG